UUAACCGCGAAACUUUAAGUGGAAUGGCAGCAAAAGCUCAAGCUCAAAAUAUUUUUCAUAUUAUUGGAGUGUGUGAGUCGGAAUCGUGAACAAAGUUUCUUUUUUUUCUAUAAAAACAUUUAUGCUGAGAAUAUCGAGAAAAUAACAAUUUAUGAAAAUAUUCUUGUGAAAAUACGAUAUAGAAAACAUAAUAAUCUUGAAGAAUUUAUGAAACGUUUUACUAUUUACGAUAAACAAGUUUUAUAAUAAAAUCAAAAUAUCUGUUACUAAAUUGAUUAAACUAAAGAAAAUCAAAUUUAUUUUGAUAUCAGAUAAAGAGCAUAAUUCUGAUAAACUUCUACUUAUCAAAUUAGCAUCAGAACAAGCAAGGAUAAAAUAACAAAUAUUAGCGAAACAACAGUGAGAGUAUGCAGCAGAGAAAGAUUGGCGUUUGAAUUAAGCGAAACUUGGACCUGUAAAUGUUUCGCAUGAUCUGUCAUCAUCAUAAUCAUCAUCACCGUCAUUGAACAACUUAUGCUGUUUUAUGAAUGUUCACUUUCAUUUGUUCAUCUUCAUGAAAAUGGCACGACAAGCGUACAGCGUGCCACGCAAAAAACUCUUUGAAGUGUUGGUGUUAAUUUUAACGUGUUUAAUAACAAAUAUUUGUGGCGAACAAUCGUGGGAUCAUAUCGUUGAUUUAGAUCAGAAUUUCCAGCUAUUAUGGAAGGUUCGAGAGCCUGACAUCGUCUUCGAAGUGCAAGUGAGAACGCAUGGAUACAUCGGCUUUGGAUUCUCACGUGAUGGCACAAUCUAUGGGGCAGAUGUCUUCAUUGGAUGGGUUGAUAAUGGACACACAUUCUUCCACGAUUGUCAUAUAAAGACACACAGUUCAUCGGGUGAACCCGUGCCUGACGCCUCCCAAGACUAUGUGCUGUUGUCAAGUCAAGAAAAUUCAACGCACACAAUCUUGAGGUUUCGACGGAAGCUCAACACUUGUGACGAGAAGUUCGAUGUUCCUAUCACGAGUGACACAAUGAACAUCAUUUAUUUAUACCAUCCUGAGAAACCAAAGAGAGGACAGAUCCGAAAAGGAAGCUUAUCUGAUCCUGUGUUAGCGAUGCAUCCAGUUCGUUCGCUUUUGUUGCUUCAGAAAAGUCCACAAAAUAAGUUUAAUAAGAAUAACAAGAAGUAUCUGCAGCAGCAAGAAGUUGAAACAAUUGAGAUAAGAAAUCGAGAUGUGAAACUUCCACAGAUGCCGUCGAAGAUGCUUAAGUGGUGCCAUAUGUAUCGACUUAGAAAUGUCACUCAACACCACAUGAUUCGAUACGAGCCGGUGUUCUCAUCGUCUGAAUCGCAAAAGUACAUUUCCUAUAUGCGUCUCUAUGAGUGCAAAACUCUGGCGAAUGACCACGAAGAUGACGACAAUGAAGAGUGUAGUGAAGGGUUGAAAGCAGCGCGAAAAUGUUUCACAAUUGCUGCGACAUGGAGUCGAGGUUCGGAAGGUUUCACUUUUCCCAAAGAUGUCGGAUAUCCUCUCGAUACAAGUCUAGCUGACAGUUUCAUGUUGGAAGUGAGUUAUCAGCCGGUGACGAAGAAACAAAUCGUCGACAGCUCCGGCUUCAAAAUUUACCACACGAAAGAACGAAGAAAGUUCGAUGCUGGAACACUUUCAGUUGGCAUUGAAGCCAAUUUCCUUCAUAUUGUGGCGCCAGGCUUUAAACGAGUCGUCUCGGUUGGACAUUGCACGUCAAACUGCACGGGUGCAGCGUUGCCAGUUGAAGGCAUCAACAUUUUUGGCGUCAACAUGCAAACGCAUAGUCUGGGACGAAAAAUCAAACUCGGAGUCGUUCGAAAUGGCGAAGAAUUGGCGCCCAUCGCUCAGGAAUCAAAUCUAAACGCCGAUUACAUUGAGAAUAGGAUUUUAAGUAGAAUAAGUAAGUUGCUUCCCGGCGAUCACGUCACUGUCGAAUGCACUUACAACACUUACGAGAGAGAACGAUUCACAUUGGGAGGUGAUUCCGAUGAUGAAGAAGUUUGUCAAGCGACUCUCAUGUAUUAUCCACGACAAGAACAACUCGUCUCAUGCAACUCACAAACAAAUGUUGCGAAUCUUCUCAGAGCACUUGGAAUUGAAAAGUUAUCCAAAUCUGGUGAUCAGCCUGUGAUUAAAAGUCCCGAAAAAUAUGCGGGACGAACACUGGAACGACAUUUACAAUUGUACGAUUGGAAGAACGAAUAUGAUGCGUUCGAUCGAAUAAUCAAAGCAUCAUCGUUUGAUGGAAUUUGUAACAGUGCAUUCGUUUCUAGUCGAGUUUCUGGGACGCCAGCAAAUAUUAUCAAACCGUACACAUCGCCAGACUCGUUGUGUCCCGUUCAAGAUAUCAACACAAAUUCAGUUUAUCGAUUAACUGACACAACUGCUAAUGACAUCGAUCGAGAUGACAAUUCAGACGAUAGCAGAAGUAAAGUGACACGACAUUCACCGACAUAUUCGUUAGAAUUAAGCAGUGGCUCAUCCCAAUCGUCUAGAUUGUCUGUUGUUUUCAUCGUGACGUUUCUCGUUGUUAAUCUGAGGUUCAUGUAGAUUAUUUAUAUGUUUGAUCCGUCAUUAGAUGGCGAUUCGAUUUAGAGAAAGAUUAGACAAUCCUAAAGAUUGAGUGACGAUCCAGAAAAGCAAUAUUAAGUUGAUAAACAAGUGAGCGAGAAAAGAAUCAAUAAAAGUUUUAUUAUAUUAAAUAUUUACCUACACGAGCUGUCUGUUAGCCAGCACUUAAAGGUCGAAAAGCUUGAUUGCGACAAACAAAUUCGCAUGAAAGCCAAAUAUCUUGAGACUGAAAAAAUAAAAAUUUCUCACUCACUUGAAAGCUAAGAAAUCUCCCUGAACAAGAAGCAACAAUAAAUAAAUUGUUUUUGUCUCUUUAAAGUAUUUUUUCGCGCGUCGUGUUAAAUUCAUUUUGUAAAUAACUGUAAUUAAAUUCUCUUUAUAUCUAUAAAAGUAAGUAGGAGUCUCUUUAUUUCUGUCUCACCUUCAAUGAAUGAAAGUUAUUGCUGUGAUAAUUGUAAAGAAAAAUAAAAAGAAAUUGAAGGAAGAAUUAUUUUUAAGAAGAUGACGAAGAAAUGAAUAAAAUGUCGAAGAAACUUGAAACCUAA